AUGGGCUAUUUUUAGGGGUUGACUGGUAGCAGAUAAGUGUUGAGCUCCGGACUGGAUAAGGGCUCAGAGUUGCACUGAGUGUAGCUGAAGCUGCGAGGCGGGAGCGGAGGCGCGCGGACUCAGACCGACAGACACCGUCAAUCUGUCAGGAAGGCCUUAGAGUCCGAACUGCAAAUCUUAUUUUCUUUUCCAUUUUUUCACCAACUGCCCAGAGCUAGAGCUUGUGGCUUCCGGGCUGGUGUUUUGGGGAUCGCCCGGAGAGCCCCUUCUCCAGCUGCUCCAAGGAGGAGAGCCUCGCUGCCCGGGUUCUGACAGCCGCGGAAAGCGGUGAUUGCCCGCACGCCGGGGGAAGUCCGGCAAGCGGCUGCAGCAGCAAAGAACUUUCUCAGCGAGUGGAGAGGGGACGACAAGUGGCCCCCGGGUCCCGAAGCGAACUUUUGCAAACCUUUCCUCUUCCUUAAGCUACUGCGGCGGCGAUAAAGAAGAAGGCGGCGGGAGAGGAGGGACGCGCGUCCAGCUUCGCUCGCACCGGUUGCUGAACUUGGGCGAGCGCGAGACGCGGCUGCCAGACGCCCCCUCCCCUAGCAGCAAAAGAGGGGACAGUCUUCGGAGUCGGGGCGGCCGAGACCCGCCGCCGGCUCGCCACUGCCGGGUCUGCACUAAGUGGCACCGCUGGAAGAGCUGCUGUCCCCCGGAGGCAAGUUCGUCUGAGAAACCGCUGCUCCUGCAGAGCGCUCAGUUUGACUGACCGCGACUUUUCAAAGCAGAGCAGCUCGAGCGAACAGACCCGGAACGGUGCAGGCGUCAUCUUAACCCUGCGUUCCUGGGAGCGAGCUGGUGAGGAGGGCGCCGGGGGGAGGACAGCCAGCGGGUGCGCGCGCUCUUAGAGAAACUUUCCUUGCCAAAGCCCGGGGGAGGCGCGGGUGCCCUCCGCUUGUCCGCGCCCUGUUGCGGCCCCGAAACUUCUGUGAGCAGCCCAAACUAACCCCACGUGAAGUGACAGACUGUUCUAUGACUGCAAAGAUGGAAACGACUUUCUAUGACGAUGCCCUCAACGCCUCCUUCCUUCAGUCCGAGAGUGGCGCCUACGGCUACAGUAACCCCAAGAUCCUGAAACAGAGCAUGACCCUGAACCUGGCCGACCCGGUGGGCAGCCUGAAGCCGCAUCUCCGCGCCAAGAACUCGGACCUCCUUACCUCGCCUGAUGUGGGGCUGCUCAAGCUGGCGUCGCCGGAGCUGGAGCGCUUGAUAAUCCAGUCCAGCAACGGGCACAUCACCACCACGCCGACCCCCACCCAGUUUUUGUGCCCCAAGAACGUGACGGACGAGCAGGAGGGUUUCGCAGAGGGCUUCGUGCGCGCCCUGGCCGAACUGCACAGCCAGAACACGCUGCCCAGCGUCACAUCUGCGGCGCAGCCGGUCAGUGGAGCGGGGAUGGUGGCCCCGGCUGUGGCUUCUGUGGCGGGCGGCACCGGAGGCUUCAACGCCAGCCUGCACAGCGAGCCGCCGGUCUACGCCAACCUUAGCAACUUCAACCCCGGGGCGUUGAGCAGCGGCGGCGGGGCGCCCUCCUACGGCGCCGGCGGCCUGGCCUUUCCCGCGCAACCCCAGCAGCAGCCGCAGCCGCCACACCACCUGCCCCAGCAGAUCCCGGUGCAGCACCCGCGACUGCAGGCCCUGAAGGAGGAGCCGCAGACGGUCCCUGAGAUGCCCGGGGAGACGCCGCCCCUAUCCCCCAUCGACAUGGAGUCACAGGAACGGAUCAAGGCGGAGAGGAAGCGAAUGAGGAACCGCAUAGCUGCCUCCAAGUGCCGAAAAAGGAAGCUGGAGAGGAUCGCCCGGCUGGAGGAAAAAGUGAAAACCUUGAAAGCGCAGAACUCGGAGCUGGCGUCCACGGCCAACAUGCUCAGGGAACAGGUGGCACAGCUUAAACAGAAAGUCAUGAACCACGUUAAUAGUGGAUGCCAACUCAUGCUAACGCAGCAGUUGCAAACGUUUUGAGGAGAGACUGUCGGGGGUUGAGGGGAAACGGAGACAAACAACACAGAGAGACAGACUUGAGAACUUGACAAGUUGCGAGGGAGAGAAAAAAGAAGUGUCCGAGGACUAAAGCCAAGGGUAUCCAAGUUGGACUGGGUUGCGUCCUGACGGCGCCCCCAGUGUGCACGAGUGGGAAGGACUUGGCGCUCCCUCCUUUGGCAUGGAGCCAGGGAGCGGCAGCCUAAGGGCUGCCGGGGUUUGCGGACGGGCUGUCCCGGCGCGAACGGGACGUUAGACUUUUCUUUAACAUUGACCAAGAACUGCAUGGACCUAACAUUCGAUCUCAUUCAGUAUUAAAAGGGGUGGGGGGAGGGGGUUACAAACUGCAAUAGAGACUGUAGAUUGCUUCUGUAGUACUCCUUAAGAACACAGAGGGGGGGAGGGGAGGCGGGAGGGAGGUUUGUGAGAGGGAAGCUGAGCCUACAGAUGAACUCUUUAUAGCCUGCCUUCGUUAACUGUGUAUGUACAUAUAUAUUUUUUUUAAUUUGAUGAAAGCUGAUUACUGUCAAUAAAUAGCUUCAUGCCUUUGUAAGUUAUUUCAUGUUUGUUUGUUUGGGUUUCCUGCCCAGUGUUUGUAAAUAAGAGAUUUGGAGCACUCUGAGUUUACCAUUUGUAAUAAAGUAUAUAAUUUUUUUAUGUUUUGUUUCUGAAAAUUCCAGAAAGGAUAUUUAAGAAAAUACAAUAAAAUAUUGAAAAAGUACUCCCCCAACCUCUUUUCUGCAUUAUCUAUUAACUAUGUAGGUGGAAUUGAAAGAGUGUCAGUUAAAAUCACUUUCAGUGCUGCUUACUACUAAUCCCUAAAAACUAUUCUCUAGUGGACUUUAGAAAGUAAUGUAGCUGACGCUAUCUUCAAGGUAUCUUCAAGGUAUACUCUUCCCUGCCCCAACUAUCUAUAUAGAGUUGCUUACCAAAUGAUAGUGUGGUGUUUCAAGGGGCUAGAGAGACAGGAGUUACGGGGAGUGGGACAGCCCACUGGGAGGUCAAACACAUUUAAGUUUGAAAUUAUAUCAAGUGGCAUGUGCUGUGAUCAUUUAUAAUGUUAGUAGAAGUUUAACAAUAGAUGCUUAUUCUCAAAGUAGGAACUGGUAGCAGAUUUCACAAAACAUGUAACCAUCCAAUUUGGAAUCUCUCUUUAACAAUUCCUAGAUAAAAAAGAUGAUCUUUGCUUAUGAAUAUUUAUAACAGCAUUCUUGUCACAAUAAACCUAUUCAAAUACCAA